AUGAACGAGUGGAAUCUGUACGGCUACACGCCUUCCAUCCCAGCAGCUGUCAUCUUUAUCAUCCUCUUCGCCUGCUCGACCACCUACCAUGGCAUUCAGCUCACCAAGGCGCGAUGCUGGUACUUCAUCCCAUUCGUGGUAGGCGGCGUGUUUCAGAUAAUCGGCUACGUCUGCCGCGCCGUAGGGCACAAUGACCUCGCCUCGGUACCUCUCUACGCAAUGCAGUCUCUCUUCAUCCUCCUUGCGCCGCCCAUGUACGCCGCCUCAGUGUACAUGGUCCUAGGCCGAUUGACGACGUACCUCCAUGCCGAAGAGCGGAGUCUCGUUAAUGUGCGAUGGAUGACCAAGAUCUUUGUGUCGGGCGACGUGCUUUCGUUCCUGACGCAGGGCUCGGGAGGAGGUCUCAUGGCGGGAAGCGGCAACUCGCGCAAAAUCGGAAGUUAUGUCGUCGUCGGCGGCCUGGUGAUCCAGCUCGUCUUCUUCGGAUUCUUCGUGAUCACCGCUGCCGUGUUCCACGUCCGCAUCAACCGCAACCCAACCUCCAAGGCGCAGGCGGAGCGCGAUAUUACCCGUGCUCAGGGAUGGAGGCAGCGCAAUUGGGCUACGGUGCUCCUGGCACUGUAUCUGGUCAGCGCAUUGAUUCUGGUUCGGUCUAUCUUCCGUCUGGUGGAGUAUCUCUAUGGGUUUAAUGGGUUCCCCAUGACCCACGAAGCGUUUAUGUAUGGCUUUGAUGCUUUGCUUAUGUUUUCGGCGAUGGUGAUUAUGAAUGUUUACCAUCCCGCCACUAUUUUGGGGGAUGGGAAGGGAGGGAGGGAGAUAUAUGCGGAUGCGGUGGAAUUGUAA